GCAUCCACCGCAGUAUCCGUGCAGACGCUGCGCUCCCACCACCCGAUGUAUCACGGACAGGAACCCCGCUCUCGGUUUACCUCAGAGGACAGGUUGUAUCUGGACGCGCUGAAGUCCACUGAGGCGAGGAAAGAUGAACGGGACCGGGUCCAGAAGAAAACGUUUACCAAAUGGGUCAACAAGCACCUAAUGAAGGCCCAUUGCAGUAUCGAUGACCUGUAUGAAGAUUUACGGGAUGGACAUAACUUGAUCUCACUGCUUGAAGUUCUCUCAGGAGAUUCAUUGCCCCGAGAGAAGGGACGAAUGCGGUUCCACAAGUUGCAGAAUGUGGGCAUUGCCCUGGAGUAUCUGAAACACCGGCAGGUCCGGCUGGUGAACAUCCGAAAUGACGACAUCGCCGAUGGGAAUCCCAAACUCACAUUGGGGCUCAUCUGGACCAUCAUCCUGCACUUCCAGAUAUCGGACAUACAGGUGAGCGGUCAGUCGGAUGACAUGACUGCCAAGGAGAAGCUGCUGUUGUGGUCCCAGCGGAUGGUGGAGGGGUAUCGGGAUCUGCGCUGUGACAACUUCACCAGCAGCUGGAGAGAUGGCAAACUCUUCAAUGCCGUCAUUCACCGUCACAGGCCAUUAUUGAUCGACAUGAAUAAGGUUUAUCGACAGAAAAACCAGGAGAAUCUGGAGCAAGCCUUUACCGUUGCUGAGAGGGAGCUCGGUGUCACCAGACUGCUGGAUCCUGAAGAUGUGGAUGUUCCCCAUCCUGAUGAGAAGUCGAUCAUCACCUACGUGUCCUCCCUGUAUGAUGCUCUGCCAAGGGUACCCAGUGUAGAAUCAGGGGUCCGAGCCAACGAGAUUGAACUCCGGUGGCAAGAAUAUUAUGAGCUGGUGACUCUACUGAUCCAGUGGAUCCGACACCACAUCACGAUGUUCGAGGAGAGAAGGUUUCCAGGGACCUAUGAGGAGAUGGAGGUUCUCUGGAGACAGUUCCUCAAGUUUAAAGAAUCUGAUUUGCCCAGAAAAGAGAUUGAGAAAAACCAGAGCAAAACCCUCUUCAAAUCUCUCGAGGCUGCUGUACAGGAGGGUCAGCUGAAGGUUCCCACUGGUUACCAUCCCAUCGACGUGGAGAAGGAAUGGGGGAAGCUUCACGUCUCCAUCUUGGAGAGGGAGAGAAUUCUACGCAGCGAGUUUGAGAGAUUGGAGCGAUUCCAAAGGAUCAUCCUGAAGAUUGAGCAGGAAUCGAAUGUCUGCGAGGAACAGCUGAAACACUCGGACAAUCUCCUCAAAGCUGACAUCCGCCUGGUGAAUGCAGGCAAGGCUCCCACCAACACGGCCCUGCUGGAACACGACCUGGACAAGGUGGACGGGCUGAUCCGCAGCCUGUUCAACGAUGUGCAGGCACUGAAGGACGGGCGCCACCCACAGGCUGAGUCCAUGUACCGCAGGGUGUUCCGCCUGCACGAGUUCCUGGUGGCCACUCGCACUGACUACUCUCUGCGCUUCAAGUCGGGGGUACAGACGGCCGCUCAGGCACCCAGUGUUUCCACGGCGAAGGUGAGCCUGGCAGCGGACGGAGCGGCACUUCAGUACAUCCAGGACCUGCUGUUGUGGGUGGAGGAGAACCAGCGGGGCAUCGACGUGUCUGAGUGGGGAGUGGACCUGCCCACGGUGCAGUCCCACCUGGGCGGCCACCGAGGGCUGCACCAGUCCAUCGAGGAUUUCCGGCCCAAGAUCGAGAGGGCACGGGCCGAUGAGCCCCACCUCUCACCGGGGAGCCACACUGCCUACUGUGACUACCUGAGUAAACUGGACCUUCAGUACGCCAAGUUGUUGAACUCCUCCAAGUCCCGCCUGCGUAACCUAGAGAGCCUGAACACGUUUGUUUCCAUGGCAACAAAGGAGUUGAUGUGGCUGAAUGACAAAGAGGAGGAGGAGGUGAAUUACGAUUGGAGCGACCGUAACACCAACAUGGCGGCCAAGAAGGACAACUACUCGGGGCUGAUGAAAGAGUUGGAAUCCAAGGAGAGGAAGGUGAAUUCCAUUCAGAACAUGGGAGAAAAGUUGCUACGGGAUGGACAUCCAGCCAAGCAGACGGUUGAUGCAUUUAUGGCAGCUCUCCAGACCCAGUGGAGUUGGAUCCUUCAGCUGUGCUGCUGCAUUGAGGCUCACUUGAAGGAGAACACGGCCUACUUUCAGUUUUUCGCAGAUGUGAAGGAUGCUGAGAAUUUCCUCAAGAAGUUGCAGGAGUCGAUGAGGAAGAAGUACACAUGUGACCGAUCACUGACAGUGACACGGCUGGAGGAUCUGCUGCAGGAUUCCAUCGCUGAGAAGGAGCAACUCUCGGAUUACAAAGCCCACCUGAGCGGCCUGAGCAAACGGGCAAAGACCAUCGUCCAGCUGAAGCCUCGUAACCCAGCGUACCCUCUGAGGGCAAAGAUUCUGGUGCAGGCAGUGUGUGACUACAAGCAGAUGGAGAUCACGGUGAACAAAGGAGAUGAGUAUGUCCUCGUCAGCAACAGCCAACCGUCCAAGUGGAAGGUGGUGAGUGCGUCAGGGAGCGAAGCCCUCGUCCCCUCCAUCUGUUUCAUGGUUCCCCCCACAAACAAAGAGGCCCUGGACAGCGUGAGCAGGCUUGAGAACAGCCACCAGUCUAUCGUGAGUCAGUGGCACCAGCUCCACACCGACAUGCAGAGCCUCCUGCCCUGGUUGUACCUGAACCGUGACAUGCAGCUCGUGCGUUCCUGGACCCUGCUGAUGUUUCGGAGUCUGGAUCGCGAGGAGUACAAGCGUCUGCUCUCCACCCUGGACCAACACUACCAGGACUUCCUGCGGCUGAGCCAGGACUCUCAUAUGUUCGGACCGGACGACCGGCUCCAGAUCGAGAGGGAGUACAAACUGACCACCCAACAUUACGAGAAGCUGCUGCGGAGCCUCGAGAAGGGUGAGGAAGCCGAGCUGAGCUGUAAGACAUUUGUGACACAGCUGAAGGAUAUUCGCUUGCAGCUGGAGCGAUGUGAAGAUCGAACGAUUCACAAGAUACGUCAGCCGCUGGACAGAGAACCUCUGCGUGAUUGCACACAGCGAAUGACUGAACAGCGGAAAAUUCACUCGGAGCUGGAAGGGAUUAAAAUGAACCUGAACUCUGUGACUGAGAAGACGGAGAAGGUGCUGUCCGCCCCUGAGCAGCUCAGCAGUGCCCCCGUGCUCCGUUCUGAACUCGACCUCACUCUCCAGAAGAUGGACCGAGUCUACAGCCUCUCUUCUGUGUAUCUGGAGAAACUGAAGACCAUUGAGGUGGUUAUUCGCAGUACACAAGAGGCUGAAGACCUGGUGAAAAAAUACGAGAGGCAGCUGCGAGAGGUGAACAGUGUUCCUGCUGACACCAAGUCCCUGGAGGCCUACAAACAUCAGCUGAAGGGAAUGCGUGCAGAGGUGGAAGGUCACCAGCCGCUCUUCGAUAACCUGAGGGGGGAGCUGGGCAAGGCGAGGGCGGUGAGUGAGCAGAUGAUCCGUAGCCACAGUGAGCGAGACGUGGACCUGGAUCGGUAUCGCGAGUGUGUGCAACAACUCCUAGAGCACUGGCAUGGCAUCCAGAGUCAGAUCGACACCCGUUCCCGGGAGCUGGAGCAGCUCGGACGUCAGCUGACCUACUACCGUGAGGCGCACGAUUGGCUGAUCCACUGGAUCCAGAGUGCCAAAGCAACGUCAGGAGAAUAUCCAGGGCCGUGCCCAUCAGAGACAGCAAACGGGCUGAGGGAGCAGCUGGCAACAAGAACAGGUAGUAAAAUUCUGCAGGAGGUUGAGAAAAACCGAGAGAAGGUGGAGGAGUGCGAGAAGUUUGCCAAGCAGUACAUCGACGCCAUCAAGGAUUAUGAACUCCAGCUUGUGACCUACAAAGUUCAGAGUGAACCAGUGGCAUCUCCUGUGAAGAAGCAGAAAAUGGUGUCAGCGUCAGACAACAUAAUUCAGGAGGUUGUCGAUCUGCGGACUCGCUACAUCGAGCUGAUGACCCUGUCCAGCCAAUACCUGAAGUUCAUCACGGUGAACCUUCGCAGGCUUGAAAACGAGGAGGAAGCUGCAGAAAAGUUGAAGGAGGAGGAACGCAAGCGGUUAGAGGAGGUGGAGGCUCAGCUGGAGAGCCAGAAGCAGCUGGCCACAGCUCAUGCAAAGGCCAAAGCUGAGGCCGAGAAGGCAGCCAAGGAACUGCAGCAGAGGAUCGAGGAGGAGGUGACCAGAAGGGAAGCUGUGGCAGUAGAUGCUGAGCAGCAAAAGCAGAAUGUUCAGCAAGAGUUCCAGCAACUCAAGAGCUCUUCAGAGAUGGAGAUCAAGAAAAAGACCAAGAUGGUGGAGGAGGUGCUCCUCAGCCGCACCAAGAUAGAGGAAGAAAUUCGAAUUAUCCAGAUUCAGCUGGAGACGGCGCAGAAGCAGAAAGCCUCUGCUGAAUCGGAGCUGCAGCAGCUGAAGACUCGAGCUGAUGAGGCAGACAGGCAGAGGAAGAUGGCACAGGACGAGGCUGAGAGGCUUCGGCGGCAGGUCAAGGACGAGACACAGAAGAAGAAGCAGGCAGAGGAGGAACUGAAGCUGAAGAUUCAGGCAGAGCAGGAUGCUGCUCGGGAGAAACAAAAGGCUUUGGAGGACCUGCAGCAUUUCAAGAACCUGGCAGAAGAAGUGGAGAGGAAGAUGAAGCAGGCUGAGGUGGAGAAGGAGAAGCAGCUACUGGUAGCACAGGAAGUGGCCCAGAAAAGUGCCGCAGCUGAACUCCAGAGCAAGCGCAUGUCAUUUGAGCAGAAAACCAUGCAGCUGGAGAUCUCACUCAAACAAGAGCACCAGACUGUUGCCCAGUUACAGGAAGAGGCAGCAAAAUUGAAGAAGCAGCAGGAAGAGGCAGAGAAUUCCAAGAAAGAGGCAGAGAAGGAGCUGGAGAAAUGGCGGCAGAAGGCCAACGAGGCUCUUCGGUUGAGGCUACAGGCAGAGGAAGUGGCUCACAAGAAGUCACUGGCUCAAGAGGAGGCAGAGAAACAGAAAGAAGAGGCAGAGCGGGAGGCAAGACGCAGAGCAAAAAUGGAGGAGUCUGCCUUACGACAGAAGGAAAUGGCAGAGCAGGAGCUGGAAAAGCAGCGGAAACUGGCAGAUGAGACGGCUGGGCAGAAGUUGUCGGCUGAGCAGGAGUUGAUCCGGUUACGGGCAGAGACAGAGAAUGGUGAACAGCAGAGGAUGCUCCGAGAGGAACUGUACCGGCUGAAGAAUGAGGUGAACGAGGUUCUCCGUCAGAGGAAGCUCCUGGAGGAAGAGCUGGCAAGGGUCAAGACUGAGAUGGAAGCACUUCUGCUGCUGAAGGUAAAGACGGAGGAGGAGACGAGGUCCAACUCAGAGAAGACCAAACAGAUCCUGGAGAAGGAGGCUGAGAAGAUGAAGCAACUAGCUGACGAGGCAGCCAGACUGCGAGCUGUUGCGGAGGAGGCCAAACGCCAGAGGCAACUGGCUGAGGAUGAGGCAGCCCACCAGAGGAGUGAAGCAGAGAGGAUCCUGAAGGAGAAGCUGGCGGCCAUUAAUGAAGGCACCCGUCUGAAGACAGAGGCCGAGAUGGUUCUGAAGGAGAAGGAGGCCGAGAACGAGCGUUUGCGGCGAAUGGCUGAAGACGAGGCUUUCCAACGGAAGCUUCUGGAAGAACAAGCCACACAACACAAGCAAGACAUUGAGGAAAGGAUCUUGCAGCUGAGGAAGAACUCAGACCUUGAGUUGGAACGGCAGAAGGUUAUUGUGGAGGAGACAUUAAAACACAGAAGGAUCAUUGAGGAGGAGAUCAGGAUCCUCAAACUGAACUUUGAGAAAGCUUCAGAAGGCAAGGGCGACCUAGAGAUCGAGCUGACAAAACUGAAGAAGGUUGCCGAGGAGACACAGCGCAGUAAGCAGGAGGCCGAGGAAGAGGCCGAGAGGCAGCGAGGAAUGGCCACGCAGGAGGCAAAGAAGAGGCAAGAGGCUGAACGAAAAGUUAAAGAGAUCCUUGCUGCAGAGGAAGAAGCUGCUCGCCAGCGCCAGGCAGCACUCGAAGAGGUCGAGCGUCUGAAGAGAAAGUCAGAGGAAGCCUGGAAGCAGAAGGAGCUGUCGGAGCAGGAGGCUAAGAGGCAGAUUAGUCUGGCCCAGGAGGCUGCGCAGAAGCGGAUUGUGGCAGAGGAGAAGGCCCACCUGGCAAUGGUACAACAGAAGGAGGAGGAGCUACUGCAGAGCAAGAUCCAGGAGCAGACAGUGGUGGGCAGCCUGAAGGAGCAGGCUGAGCGAGCUAAGAGGUUGGCUGAGGAGGCUGAGCAGGCACGACUGCAGGCCGAGAGGGAGGCGGCCUUCUGUCGACAGCAGGCCGAAGAGGCCGAACGCCUCAAGCUGCAGGCCGAGAGGGAGGUUGCGGAGAAGGCCAGGGCCCAGCAGGACGCUGAGAAGCUGAGGAAGGAAGCGGAGCUGGAAGCUGCCAAGAGGGCACAAGCUGAGCAAGCAGCCCUGAAGCAGAAGCAAGCAGCUGACGCCGACAUGGAGAAGCACAAGAAGUUUGCGGAGCAGACCCUGAGGCAGAAGGCGAGCAUUGAGCAGGAGCUGGCCAAGGUCAAGCUGCAGCUGGACGAGACGGACCACCAGAAGGGAGUGCUGGACGAGGAGCUGCAGCGCCUCAAGUCUGAGGUGACGGAGGCCAUGAAGCAAAAGAACCAAGCGGAAGGGGAGCUCUUCAAGGUCAAAAUCCAGAUGGAGGAACUGAUCAAACUGAAGAGCAGGAUUGAGGAGGAGAACAAGAUGCUGGUGCUGAAAGACAAGGACAACACCCAGAAACACCUUGCUGAGGAAGCUGAGAAGAUGAAGCAGCUGGCAGAGGAAGCAGCCAGGCUGAGUGUGGAGGCCCAGGAGACUGCCCGGCAGAGGAGGCUGGCUGAAGAAGACCUGGCCCAACAGCGUGCUCUUGCAGAGAAGAUGCUGAAGGAGAAGAUGCAGGCUAUUCAGGAGGCAAGCAGGCUAAAAGCUGAGGCUGAAGUGCUGCAGAAGCAGAGAGAUCAGGCUCAGGAGCAAGCAAAGAAACUGUCCGAAGACAAGCAAGAGAUGCAGCAACGUCGAGACGAGGAGGCAGAGGAGUUCCAAAAGGCAUUGCUGACUGAGCGCAGACGUCAAGAAGAGAUCAGUGAGGAAGCACAACAGCUGAAGGCGUGUCUCGGACUGACAGAGGCACAAGCCAAGGCGGAGCGGGAAGCUCAGAAGUUCAAAGAUGAGGCAAAAACAGAUCAGCUUGAAGCUUCAUGAAAACUGAGGCAGAGCAGCAAGGAAAAGAACAGCAUUUCUAGAGCGACUGGAACUUCAGUGGAACCACAGCAAGCAGGGAGGCCAGUGAACUGCAGAUGGCCAUUGCUGAGGCUGGAGGAGGAGAAGGAGAAACUGAGGAAAGAGGCAGAGUUGCUACAGUUGAAAACCAAGGAGAUGGAGGCAGGAAAAAAGCAAGAAAUUGUCCAAACAACUCAGGUCCUUCAACAAACUUUUCUCAGUGAGAAGGAGCUGCUAAUCAAAAAAGAAAAGAUGAUUGAGGCUGAAAAGAAGAAGUUAGAACAGCUGUAUGAAGAUGAGCUGGAGAAAUCAAAGUCUCUGAAGGACGAACAAAUGAAGGAAAUGAAGAGGUUGGAGGAAGACAAAGUCCAGCUUCAGGCCAGUAUGGAUGAAGCCCUAAGGAAGCAGAGAGAGGCUGAGAACCAAGUCCACGAGAAGCAGAGACAGCUUCAGGAAAUGGAGAAGAAGAGACAGGAGAAAGAGAAGCAGCUAGCUGAUGAGAAUCAGGCUCUGAGAGAAAAGCUGGAGCAACUGAAAGCUCAGAAGCUCGAAAUUAUGGCCAAAGAGACUGCUGUGGUCCAAGCCACUCUUGGAGCUGUUUCAAAUGGUAGGGAUGUUGUAGACUCUGUCCCUGAGAGUGCUGAGGACAAGCUCUCUUUCAGUGGCCUGCGCCAACCAGUGCCAGCAGCUCGGUUACAACAGGUUGGCAUUCUCAACAAGAAACAGCUGGACAAACUGAAGAAAGGCUCUGUCACAGUCAAGGAGCUCUCGCAAAAGGAGAGUGUUCAGAACUAUCUACAGGGAAAGAGCUGUGUUGCUGGCUUGAUCAUUGAACCCUCAAAGGAGAAAAUGAGCAUUUACCAUGCAAUGAAAAAGAGUCAAUUAAAGCCCACCACUGCCACAGUGUUACUUGAGGCCCAGGCAGCGUCUGGCUUCGUCAUUGACCCAAUAAAGAACAGGAAGCUGCCUGUCAAUGAGGCAAUCAGAGAAGGGGUAGUGGGACCAGAGCUACAGGAGAAACUGCUUUCUGCAGAGAGGGCAGUGACUGGUUACAGGGAUCCCUACACAGGCAACCAAAUCUCAUUGUUUCAAGCAAUGCAAAAGGACUUGAUAUCUCAGAGUUAUGCAAUCCGCUUGCUGCAGGCACAGGUUGCCACUGGUGGGAUCAUUGAUCCAGUCAACAGCCACCGCCUGCCCAUGGCCCAGGCCUGCAAACAGGGGAUAUUUACUGAGGACAUGAAUGAGAUAGUUUCAGGUGAUAGUGAUGAUGCCAAGGCAUUCUUUGACCCCAACACACAGGAGAACCUAACAUACUUGCAGCUGCUGGACAGGUGUCAAAAGGAUCCAGAAUCUGGCCUCUGCCUCUUGCCAUUGACCAAAGCAGCAGAGACAAGAAAGGGAGGGUAUACCAUGGAGCAGACACAGGACAUCUUCAAUACAGCCAUUGUAUCAGUGCCAUUCGGGAAAUUCUCUGGGAAAACUGUCACUAUUUGGGAAUUGAUCAAUUCAGAGUAUCUCACCGAAGAUCAACGCCGAGAUCUAAUCCGACAGUACAGGUCAGGGAAGGUCACCAUUGAACAUAUUAUUAAAUUCAUCAUUACUACCAUUGAAGAAACUGAGACCAAGAAGCAGCUGCUCUUCACUGGACUGAGGGACAAGGUUCCAGCCAGUGAGUUGUUGGAAUCGAAGAUCAUCGAUGAGAAAACUUUUGAUGAACUGGAGAAAGGGAAGGCAAAGCCAGAAGAUGUGAGCAAGUUGGAGUCAGUGAGGAAAUACCUUCAGGGCUCGGACAGUAUUGCUGGAGUGUUUGUGGAGCCCACCCAAGAGACAAUGAGCUUCUACCGAGCAAUGAAGAGGAAUCUAUUGAGACCAAGAACAGCAGAGAACUUAUUAGAAGCUCAGGCAGCAACAGGAUUCCUCAUUGACCCAGUAAAGAAUCGCAUCCUCACCGUUGAUGAUGCAGUGAAGGAUGGCCUCGUUGGGCCAGAGCUCCACGAGAAGCUCCUGGCUGCGGAGAAAGCGGUAACGGGAUAUACAGACCCCUACACUGGGCGUAAGAUCUCCUUAUUUGAAGCAAUGAGAAAGGACCUUGUACCCAAAGACCAUGGAAUGCAGCUCCUGCAAGCACAGGUGGCAUCUGGUGGCAUCAUUGACCCCACAACCAGCCAUCGGCUGCCAGUUGAUGUGGCUUACAAGCGGGGAAUCUUUGAUGAGCAGAUGAACAAGUUGGUGUCCACUCCAAGUGAUGACACCAAAGGUUUCAUUGAACCAAACACAGAUGAACGUGUCACCUACCAACAGCUGAAGGAGAGGUGCAGAACUGACCCUCAGACGUCACUUUGCCUGUUACCACUGACAGAAGAAGCAAUGAAACGAGUGGACGUCCACCCUGAGGAAGUAACCAAGGACAUUUUCCAAAAGGCUGUGGUGAGUGUCCCAUCUGGGAAAUUCUCUGGGAGAACCGUCACCAUUUGGGAAUUGAUCAAUUCGGAGUAUCUCACCGAAGAUCAACGCCGAGAUCUAAUCUGGCAAUACAGGUCAGGGAAGGUCACCAUUGAACAUAUUAUUAAAUUCAUCAUUACCACCAUUGAAGAAACUGAGACCAAGAAGCAGCUGCUCUUCACUGGGCUGAGGGACAAGGUUCCAGCCAGUGAGUUGUUGGAAUCGAAAAUCAUCGAUAAGAAAACUUUUGAUGAACUGGAGAAAGGGAAGGCCAAGCCAGAAGAUGUGAGCAAGUUGGAGUCGGUGAGGAAAUACCUUCAGGGCUCGGACAGUAUCGGGGGAGUGUUUGUGGAGCCCACCCAAGAGAUGAUGAGCUUCUAUCAAGCAAUGAAGAGGAAUCUAUUGAGACCAAGAACAGCAGAGAACUUACUGGAAGCUCAGGCAGCAACAGGAUUCCUCGUUGACCCAGUGAAGAAUCGGACCCUCACCGUCGAUGACGCAGUGAAGGAUGGUCUUGUUGGGCCAGAGCUCCAUGAGAAGCUCCUGGCUGCGGAGAAGGCGGUAACGGGAUACACAGACCCCUACACUGGACGUAAGAUCUCCUUAUUUGAAGCAAUGAGAAAGGACCUUGUACCCAAAGACCACGGAAUGCAGCUCCUGCAGGCACAGGUGGCAUCUGGUGGCAUUAUUGACCCCACAACCAGCCAUCGGCUGCCAGUUGAUGCAGCCUACAAGCGGGGAAUGUUUGAUGAGGAGAUGAACAAGUUGGUGUCCACUCCAAGUGAUGACACUAGAGGUUUCUAUGAUCCAAACAUGGAUGAGAGAGUCACCUACCAACAGCUGAAGGAGAAGUGUCGAAAGGAUGAAAAGUCAGGCCUGCUCUUGCUGCCCUUGAGUGAGAAAGCAGUAACAUCCAAAACUGUUUAUGAUGAAGAGCAGACAAGGGAUACCUUUGGGAAGACAACAGUGUCUGUUCCCACUGGCAUCUUCUCUGGGAAAACCGUCAGCAUCUUGGAGUUGAUAAAUUCAAAGUAUUUUACUGAGGAACAAAGGAAGGAUCUGAUCCGACAGUACAGGUCAGGAAAGGUCACAGUAGAAAAGAUCAUCAAAAUUGUUAUCACGGUGAUUGAAGAGGAAGAAACAAAGAAAAAACCACUGCUCCUCUUCACUGGGCUGAGGAACAAAGUUCCGGCCAGUGAGUUGUUGGAAUCGAAAAUCAUCGAUAAGAAAACUUUUGAUGAACUGGAGAAAGGGAAGGCAAAGCCAGAAGAUGUGAGCAAGUUGGAGUCGGUGAGGAAAUACCUUCAGGGCUCAGACAGUAUUGCUGGAGUGUUUGUGGAGCCCACCCAAGAGACAUUGAGCUUCUACCAAGCAAUGAAGAAGAAUCUGCUGAGACCAAGAACAGCAGAGAACUUAUUAGAAGCUCAGGCAGCAACAGGAUUCCUCGUCGACCCAGUGAAGAAUUGCACCCUCACCGUUGAUGAUGCAGUGAAGGAUGGUCUUAUUGGGCCAGAGCUCCACGAGAAGCUCCUGGCUGCAGAGAAAGCGGUUAUGGGAUAUACAGACCCCUACACUGGGUGUAAGAUCUCCUUAUUUGAAGCAAUGAGAAAGGACCUUGUACCCAGAGAUCAUGGAAUGCAGCUACUGCAGGCACAGGUGGCAUCUGGUGGCAUCAUUGACCCCACAACCAGCCAUCGGCUGCCAGUUGAUGUGGCCUACAAGCGGGGAAUCUUUGAUGAGCAGAUGAACAAGUUGGUGUCCACUCCAAGUGAUGACACCAAAGGUUUCAUUGAACCAAACACAGAUGAACGUGUCACCUACCAACAGCUGAAGGAGAGGUGCAGAACUGACCCUCAGACGUCACUUUGCCUGUUACCACUGACAGAAGAAGCAAUGAAACGAGUGGACGUCCACCCUGAGGAAGUAACCAAGGACAUUUUCCAAAAGGCUGUGGUGAGUGUCCCAUCUGGGAAAUUCUCUGGGAGAACCGUCACCAUUUGGGAAUUGAUCAAUUCGGAGUAUCUCACCGAAGAUCAACGCCGAGAUCUAAUCUGGCAAUACAGGUCAGGGAAGGUCACCAUUGAACAUAUUAUUAAAUUCAUCAUUACCACCAUUGAAGAAACUGAGACCAAGAAGCAGCUGCUCUUCACUGGGCUGAGGGACAAGGUUCCAGCCAGUGAGUUGUUGGAAUCGAAAAUCAUCGAUAAGAAAACUUUUGAUGAACUGGAGAAAGGGAAGGCCAAGCCAGAAGAUGUGAGCAAGUUGGAGUCGGUGAGGAAAUACCUUCAGGGCUCAGAGAGUAUCGCUGGAGUGUUUAUGGAGCCCACGCAAGAGAUGAUGAGCUUCUAUCAAGCAAUGAAGAGGAAUCUAUUGAGACCAAGAACAGCAGAGAACUUACUGGAAGCUCAGGCAGCAACAGGAUUCCUCGUUGACCCAGUGAAGAAUCGGACCCUCACCGUCGAUGACGCAGUGAAGGAUGGUCUUGUUGGGCCAGAGCUCCAUGAGAAGCUUCUAGCUGCGGAGAAAGCGGUAACGGGAUACACAGACCCCUACACUGGACGUAAGAUCUCCUUAUUUGAAGCAAUGAGAAAGGACCUUGUACCCAAAGACCACGGAAUGCAGCUCCUGCAGGCACAGGUGGCAUCUGGUGGCAUUAUUGACCCCACAACCAGCCAUCGGCUGCCAGUUGAUGCAGCCUACAAGCGGGGAAUGUUUGAUGAGGAGAUGAACAAGUUGGUGUCCACUCCAAGUGAUGACACUAGAGGUUUCUAUGAUCCAAACAUGGAUGAGAGAGUCACCUACCAACAGCUGAAGGAGAAGUGUCGAAAGGAUGAAAAGUCAGGCCUGCUCUUGCUGCCCUUGAGUGAGAAAGCAGUAACAUCCAAAACUGUUUAUGAUGAAGAGCAGACAAGGGAUACCUUUGGGAAGACAACAGUGUCUGUUCCCACUGGCAUCUUCUCUGGGAAAACCGUCAGCAUCUUGGAGUUGAUAAAUUCAGAGUAUUUUACUGAGGAACAAAGGAAGGAUCUGAUCCGACAGUACAGGUCAGGAAAGGUCACAGUAGAAAAGAUCAUCAAAAUUGUUAUCACGGUGAUUGAAGAGGAAGAAACAAAGAAAAAACCACUGCUCCUCUUCACUGGGCUGAGGAACGAAGUUCCAGCCAGUGAGUUGUUGGAAUCGAAGAUCAUCAACAAGAAAACUUUUGAUGAACUGGAGAAAGGGAAGGCAAAGCCAGAAGAUGUGAGCAAGUUGGAGUCAGUGAGGAAAUACCUUCAGGGCUCAGACAGUAUUGCUGGAGUGUUUGUGGAGCCCACUCAAGAGACAAUAAGCUUCUACCAAGCAAUGAAGAAGAAUCUAUUGAGACCAAGAACAGCAGAGAACUUAUUAGAAGCUCAGGCAGCAACAGGAUUCCUCAUUGACCCAGUGAAGAAUCGCAUGCUCACCGUCGAUGACGCAGUGAAGGAUGGUCUCGUUGGGCCAGAGCUCCACGAGAAGCUCCUGGCUGCGGAGAAAGCAGUAACAGGAUACACAGACCCCUACACUGGGUGUAAGAUCUCCUUAUUUGAAGCAAUGAGAAAGGACCUUGUACCCAAAGACCAUGGAAUGCAGCUACUGCAGGCACAGGUGGCAUCUGGUGGCAUCAUUGACCCCACAACCAGCCAUCGGCUGCCAGUUGAUGUGGCCUACAUGCGGAGAAUCUUUGAUGAGGAGAUGAACAAAUUGGUGUCCACUCCAAGUGAUGACACCAAAGGUUUCAUUGAACCAAACACAGAUGAACGUGUCACCUACCAACAGCUGAAGGAGAGGUGCAGAACUGACCCUCAGACGUCACUUUGCCUGUUACCACUGACAGAAGAAGCAAUGAAGCGAGUGGACGUCCAGCCUGAGGAGGUAACCAAGGACAUUUUCCAAAAGGCUGUGGUGAGUGUCCCAUCUGGAAAAUUCUCUGGGAAAACUGUCACCAUUUGGGAAUUGAUCAAUUCAGAGUAUUUCACUGAAGAUCAACGCCGAGAUCUAAUCCGGCAAUACAGGUCAGGCAAAGUAACCAUAGAGAAAAUUAUUACAAUUGUUGUAACGAUUAUUGAGGAAAGUGAGGUGAAGAAAAAACCACAAAUUACCUUCACUGGACUGAGGGAGAAGGUUCCGGCCAGUGAGUUGUUGGAAUCGAAGAUCAUCGAUGGGAAAACUUUUGAUGAACUGAAGAAAGGGAAGGCAAAGCCAGAAGAUGUGAGCAAGUUGGAGUCGGUGAGGAAAUACCUUCAGGGCUCGAACAGUAUCGCUGGAGUGUUUAUGGAGCCCACCCAAGAGACAAUGAGUUUCUACCAAGCAAUGAAGAAGAAUCUGUUGUGUCAAUCCACUGCAGAAGCUUUACUGGAAGCUCAGGCAGCAACAGGAUUCCUUGUUGACCCAGUGAAGAAUCGCACCCUCACCGUUGAUGACGCAGUGAAGGAUGGUCUUGUUGGGCCAGAGCUCCAUGAGAAGCUUCUGGCUGCAGAGAAAGCGGUAACAGGAUACACAGACCCCUACACUGGGCGUAAGAUCUCCUUAUUUGAAGCAAUGAGAAAGGACCUUGUACCCAAAGACCAUGGAAUGCAGCUCCUGCAAGCACAGGUGGCAUCUGGUGGCAUCAUUGACCCCACAACCAGCCAUCGGCUGCCAGUUGAUGUGGCCUACAAGCGGCGAAUGUUUGAUGAGGAGAUGAACCAGAGGUUCCUUGAUGCUCAUGACAAUGCCAAAAGAUUUAUUGAUCCCAACACUAAGGAAGAUGUCACUUACCAUCAGUUGAAGACUAAGUGUAUUUCAGAUCAAGCAACUGGUCUGUGCCUCUUGCCCAUGACAGAAAGCGAGAAGCCAAGUGUGGUUGAAAGCAAGGUCUAUAGUGAGACACAGAUGCAAAAGGAGUUUGAGAGCACAAAAGUGGAAAUUCCUUCAGGGUCUUUGGGUGGGAAGUCUAUGUCAGUAUGGGAGAUCUUACAGUCUGAGUACAUCUCAGAAGAGGAGAGGGUCAGACUGACAAAGGAAUUUCAAAUGGGAAGGCUAACACGUGAGCGUCUCAUUUUAAUAAUCAUUGAGAUUGUUGAGCAAGUGGAAAUACGACGGGGAUAUGAAAUGAUUACCUUCAGAUGCUUCCGGGGCAAGGUCACUGCCGAUCAUCUCUAUGCCUCGGGAAUUAUUGAUCUGGAAACACUCACCAAACUGAAGGAGAAGCAGCUGACGGUGCAGCAGGUGUGUGAAAUGGAGAAUGUGAGGAAGUUCCUGUUUGGAACUGGUGCUAUCAGCGGUGUGUACAAGUCUGCUGUCAAGGAGGUGUCAAAUCUGUAUCAAGCAAUGAAGAAAGAUUGGGUGAAACCAGAAGUGGCUCAGUCCCUGCUUGAGGCCCAGGUUGCCACUGGCUUUAUCCUUGAUCCAGUGAGGAAUAAGAGGCUGACUGUGGAUGAGGCUGUGAGGGAAGGUGUGGUGGGUCCUGAACUCCAUGACAAGCUGCUGUCAGCAGAAAGAGCUGUCACCGGCUACCGAGACCCUUACACUGGCAAGGUCAUCUCCCUCUUCCAGGCCAUGAAGAAAGGGCUAAUUGUAAAAGACUAUGCGGUUAGGUUGCUUGAUGCCCAGCUGGCCACAGGUGGAAUUAUCGACCCACAGUACAGCCAUCAUCUGCCUCUGGAGAUUGCCUUUCAACGUGGUUAUCUCGACCGUGAGACCUACAGCCUCCUCACCGAACCUGCCACAGGCGCACAAGGAUUUCUUGACCCCAGCACUGAUGAGGCAUUAAAUUAUACUCAGCUGCUUGCAAAAUGCAAGACUGAUGAAAAGACAGGCCAUCAUCUCUUGAAUCUGACGGACAGGAAAAGGUUAAUAUUCAAAGGUCUACGCAAGCAGAUCACGAUGGACCAACUCAUAGAAUCAAAGAUCAUUGAAAAUUCCUUAGCUCAGAGGCUAGAAGAAGGUGAGACCACUGUCGAAGAGGUUAGUGACAGUAUCAAGAAAUACCUGGAAGGCACAAGUUGUAUUUCAGGUGUGUUUGUUGAGGCCUCCAAGGAGAGGCUGUCUAUCUACCAAGCUAUGAAGAAGGGCAUGAUCAGACCUGGGACUGCCUUCGAGUUGUUAGAGGCCCAAGCAGCAACAGGUUACAUGAUAGACCCGAUCAAAAACAUGAAGUUAACUGUUGCUGAGGCAGUCAAGAUGGGAGUGGUGGGGCCAGAGUUUAAGGACAAGCUUCUGUCAGCUGAGCGUGCUGUCACUGGUUACAGAGACCCUUACUCAGGGAAACUGGUGUCUCUCUUUCAAGCUAUGCAGAAAGGUUUGAUUCUGAAAGACCAUGGAAUCCGUUUACUAGAGUCCCAGAUUGCUACCGGAGGGAUCAUUGAUCCUGAACACAGUCAUCGCCUCCCAGUGGAAGUGGCCUACAAGCGUGGGCUGUUUGACGAGGAGAUGAACAAGAUAUUGUUAGAUCCAGGUGAUGAUACCAAAGGUUUUUUUGAUCCAAACACUGAGGAAAAUCUGACCUACUUGCAGCUGAAGGAGCGGUGUGUUGUGGAUCCCGACACUGGACUCUGUUUAUUACCACUGAAGGAGAAGAAGCGAGAGAGGAAGACUUCCUCCAAGUCAUCAGUCCGCAAGCGACGGGUAGUUAUUGUAGAUCCCGAGACUGGCAAAGAAAUGUCUGUCUAUGAGGCUUAUCGUAAAGGACUCAUUGAUCAUCAGACAUACAGCGAACUGUCUGAGCAAGAGUGUGAAUGGGAGGAAGUAACCAUAUCUUCAUCAGAUGGAGUUGUUAAGUCAAUGAUAACUGACAGAAGAUCUGGAAGACAGUAUGACAUCGAUGAUGCUUUGGCUAAAGGUUUGAUUGACCAAGGCUCGUUGGACCUAUAUCGCUCAGGGGCUUUGUCCAUAACUGAAUUUGCUGAUAUGUUAUCAGGGAACAUGAGUGGAUUCCGCUCAAGAUCUUCCUCGGUUGGAUCUUCAUCUUCAUAUACGAGCCAACAAGCAAGCCCAAUGAGAAGCCAUGUAGUUGCAUGGAGUGACCCUAUGGAGGAGACUGGUCCAGUUGCUGGCAUCUUGGACACUGAUACCCUUGAGAAAGUUUCCAUCACAGAGGCAAUGCACCGAAACCUAGUGGACAACAUCACUGGACAACGUCUGCUCGAGGCUCAAGCAUGCACUGGAGGAAUCAUUGAUCCCAAUACAGGAGAGAAGUAUUCAGUCACAGAAGCAGUUGGCAAAACCCUUGUUGACAAAAUUAUGGUGGACAGGAUCAAUCUUGCUCAGAAGGCUUUCCAUGGAUUUGAGGACCCAAGAACCAAGACCAAGAUGUCUGCUGCUCAAGCCUUGAAGAAAGGGUGGCUGUAUUAUGAAGCUGGUCAAAGAUUCCUGGAGGUGCAGUAUCUGACUGGAGGAUUGAUUGAACCAGACGUGCCAGGCCGAGUGUCCUUGGAUGAAGCUUUACAGAAGGGAACCAUUGAUAGCCGCACUGUGCAAAAACUAAGGGAUGUUGGGGCCUAUGCAAAGUAUAUAACCUGCCCCAAAACCAAACUGAAGAUCUCUUACAAGGAUGCGAUGGAUCGAUCUAUGAUUGAGGAAGGGUCAGGUCUGCGUCUGUUGGAGGCCUCCUCACAAUCCACCAAAGGAUACUACAGCCCCUACAAUGUGAGUGGGGCUGGUUCUUCUGCAGGUUCCCGAUCAGGUUCAAGAACAGGAUCCAGAACAGGCUCCAGACGUGGAAGCUUUGAUGCUACAGGAUCUGGUUACUCAAUGUCCUUCUCUUCAUCCUCCUACACGUCAUCCAGCUAUGGCCGGAGGUUGCCAGCCAGUGUCCCUGGAGGGAGGGGACUGAGCCUCACUGUCCCUCAGUCCCUCUCUGGCCCAGGGGGGAGCUCUGCCUUCUCCCAGGCCCAGCUCCAGGAUGUGGCGAUGAUAUAACACCACUCUCCCUACCCUUCCCUGCCUUGUAACUACCAUCCUGCUCCACAACUAACAAAGGUCUACCAACGGCCUCAGUUUAACUGCAAGAAACAGAAUCGUUCUAAUGGAAAAUUUUGCAAAUAAAUUUAUUUUAAUUUCCUAUCACCUCAGUUCCUCUGAGUUUUAAAUAAUCUUGAAAUUUGAAAUGGAUCAGAUGGAAUGUUGUGUAUAUGUUUGAACUAAAAAGGAUCUAUUUAUGGAACCUUGGUUUGAUUCUGUGGGCCGUUCCCACUGGAAGGUUUUGUUGCUAUUUGUAGAGCAGGAUUAUUAACCCCAAUCCACAGCUGCCCCCUCCCGGUGAUGACUGGGGAGGAUUGUAAUCUUGCAACCGUAAAACCUUCUCAAUGAAUGCACUGACUCACAGCGUGCCAGCUAUCUCUGCUUUCUAUUAUGAGACAAAUGCUGCAAAUAUUAAUUGAACUAUAAUAAAGACUUGAUGCUGUUAAUCCAAAUAUUAAUAAGGUGCAACUUUCAAAUACCAAGCCCUGCACUCAGACUGAAGUUCCAGUCUGCGGGAAGAACAUUGAACUUUCUUCGCCACAUUUGCCACCAUUGCACUGACUUGGCUCGAGUAACCAUUGAAUCUGAGUGAAUUCUGACUCCCUGUGUGAACCAAAAUUGCUCCAUUAAGCCAUAAAGACCAAUCAGCCUGCCUGUCACUGAGCGAAUCUCCUGCAUCUAUCUGUCCAUGUGCAAACCAAGGAAUGGUCAAGGCUGACUUGUACAGUUCCAUACAAGACCAGAGCCCAACAGUUCCUCUGGACAUCUUGCUACAUGGGAGGUGACGUAAGGUUAUAUGGAUUGCGAUCAGACAGAGUGAAACCUUUGCUCAGACUGAGCUGUCUCUCUCCAGAACAUUCCGGAAACUCAGCCAGGACAACUACAGAAUCACAGGGACCGUCAUUAUUCCUUCAUGUGGCUUCCAUGACCUGCAUCCUCAGAGAAUCCAUUCACGUAACUACUGUGGAGCAGAAGUUGAUCACAACCAAGCCUUCAUCUCAGAACGUCACCCAGACCCUCGAGACUUUGUCGCAGUUUAUAUUCUCUCUACAAUCUGACCAUUUCCCAUCCACUGUUUUGUUGAUGAAUUUUUUUUGCUAUGCAUGCUGUACUAACUUGUCAGGAAACCUCUAGCCAUUGGAAAUAUCCUGUUUAUAUUAAAGCAGUGAGUUUAACAAACUAACUAAUUGUAAUCCAGAACUGAAAUCAACAAGAACUGUACAGAAGAUAACUUGUUAAAUGACGUCGAUAUAGAGCAACAAAUAAAAGAGAAAUUAA